UGGAAGUGUCCAGCAACACCCAGCACACGUGGAGCGUGGCUUCGGGGCCACCAGGGGAGCUGAGAGCAUGCUGAGUCCUCUCCCUUUCCUCUGGGGCAAGCCAGGGCAGAGUCACCCUCCAGUGGCUCCCUCUAACUGACCCUCGGCCCCAGCUGGUCGCACAGCUGUCCCCUCGGCAGCUCCAGCCGGGGCCCAGUGGGCGUCUCAAACUCAGGGCAGCCGACCGGCUCUUCCCCCGGUUUCAGGGUCGUUUCUCAUUUGCUCAGGCCACAGCCCGGCAGGUUGUCUGUCCUUGACUUUUUUCUCAGGGCCACAUCCAGGUCAUUAGAAAACCUGGCAGCACCACCUUCGGGACGUUUCUAGAAUCUGCCCAUCGCCUUCUCCUGGGCCCUGCCCUGUCCCGUCCAGUGUUGUCUCCACUUGGGUAGUUGCAGAAGCCUCCUCUCUGGCUCCCUGUCCCCCACACACAGCCAGGGGGACCCGUGAGUGCCCAGGUCGGAUCAUGUCCCUCCCCUGCUCCAUCUCAGAGUAGAGGACAAAGUAGUCAUUUGGCCACGAGAUCCCAUGUGAUCUGCCACCACCUUUCUGUUCAGCCUGUCCCCUCUCUUGCUGGGACUGCCCAACCUGCCUUGUCAUUGACUCUCCAAAUUCCUUCCAGAUUGCGCUUUUGCACUUGAGAGUCCCCUUCCUUGGGCUCUUCCCCAAAUCUUGUCUUCUGACCUCUGUUCUGUCACUCAGGCCUUAGUCCAAAUGCCACCUCCCCAGAGAGGCCUUCUCUGAGAAGCCUGGCUGGAGCAAAACGCCCAGCACUCGGGAUCUACGGCCACGCUCGCAUGGCUGCCAGAGGACAGGGUCUGGGAGAGGGACCUGCUCGACAGAAAUUGCUGGAAUGAGGUGCUCUGGCCUGUGCAGUUCCCCAGGCAGUGCCCCGAGCACCAUGCACACAUUAUUUCAUCCUUACUGUGGGGCUGUGGGAAAGAUUGUCACCAACCCUAUUGUCCCACGGAGGACAGCUCUUAGGGAAGCUAAGCAACAUUCGGAGCAGCCCAGGGUGGCAAGUGGUGGAGCUGGGACUCAGGACAACCACAACUUCCAGGGAAGUGGCUUUAUGAGAACCGCUCUCCCGAUGGGGAAACUGAGGCCCAGGAGGGGAAGGAGUUGCUGAGGUCGACCCGCCGCCAAGUGGCUGCAGCUGGUGUGAGCCCCGCACACCCCGUGUCUGCCGAGGGAAGCGCCCUGCGCGCCGCGCUCCCGGCGGGACGCCUCGAGGGGAGCCCGUGCUGCACGUGGGCUCAUGAAUAAUUGAGGGUCCUGGGCAGGCGGCCGCCCCGCAGCUGUCGCCCGCCGUAGCAGGCAGGGGGCGGCGGUGACGUCACUUCCUGCCCUGGGGGCCACCGCGCGAGUUAAAAAGCGAGGCCGCCCGGUCCAGGUCCGCACGCCCCGCCAUGCCGCGCCCCGGGCCCUCCGCGCUGCUGCUGCCCCUGCUGAUGGCGCUGGUGCUGGGGGCGGCCACUGCGGCUCCCUUGGCGCCCAGACCCUCCAAGGAGGAGCUGACCCGCUGUCUGGCAGAGGUGGUCACAGAGGUGCUGGCGCUGGGCCAGGCCCAGAGAGGACCCUGCACGGCUCUGCUCCACAAAGCGAUGUGCGACACGGAGCCCCACGGCUGCGUGUCCUCCGGGGAGAGAGGCCUGCUGGUUGGGGACUUCAAGAAGCAGGAGGCUGGGAAGACCAGGUCCAGCCAGGAGGUGAGGGACGAGGAAGAGGAGGAGACGGCAGAGAGGACACACAAGUCUGAGGUCCGGGAACAGGCCGUCGGUGAAAAGCUCCACAGCCGGCUCCGCCAGGAGGCGGAGGAGGAGGAGAAGAAGAGGGGACCCACGGAGACCUUCGAGGACCUGUGGCAGCAGCAUCUAGAGAGUGGAGGGAGCCCCCAGAAGCGGGUGGCAGAGAAGGCCAGCAACGAGGAGACGGCCCAGUUCGAGGCAGAGGAGAAGGGCGUGCAGGUGCUGGGCGGGGGCCGCAGCCCGUGGCUCAGAGACAGGCCCGAGGACUCACCGCACCGCCACCACCACCGCCACCGCCAGCCAGAGGCUGAGCCCAGGCAGGAGGAGAGGGACGAGGCUUCGGAGAGGGAGGAACAUGACGUGGAGCAGCUGGAGCACGUGAGGGACGCGCUGAAGGAGGCCACGGAGAAGCUGGGGGAGCAGCUCAGGAGGGAGGGCUGACCCCCGCCCCCUCCUUCCCGACACGCCCUGCGGCUUAGGACUGUUGGCCCCAAAGCCCCCGCCUCACCUGGCACCCUACUCCGCCCGCACCCUGGCACAGGUGGGGAGCAGGGUGUGCCUUACUUAGACCUCAGCCUGAGGGGACGAAUCUGAGCUGGGUAGCGGGGCUGGGCUCAGACCUGACUCAGGAAACACCCCACGCCCGUCUAGCCCCCUCCCACCCUUCUGAGUGAAUAAAGCACAAAGAAAAACCACCUCGGC